CUUUUUGUCACUCUUGCCUCAAAUCCCUUUCACUUGACAAAUUACAAAAGAACCGCCAACGGAUUUGGAUCCAAUUCUCUCUUCUUCACAUAAUCCUUCUAUACCUUUUUUCUCUUCCUUUCAUUCGCCACUCAACUAUCCAGGAGUUAAAGGCAUAACACAAUCAUGGAUCGACUCAAGAACGCUGCACGUCUCAUGAUAGUUUCAGAUCUUGAUCACACAAUGGUUGACCAUCAUGAUCCUGAGAACUUUUCUCUGCUUAGGUUUAAUACAUUAUGGGAAUCUUUUUAUCGUAAUGAUUCACUUUUAGUUUUCUCAACUGGAAGGUCUCCUACACUUUACAAGCAGUUGAGGAAAGAGAAACCCAUGAUAACUCCAGAUAUAACCAUAAUGUCUGUGGGAACUGAGAUAACAUAUGGUUCCUCAAUGGUUCCAGAUGAUGGCUGGGUUGAAGUUCUUAAUCAGAAAUGGGACAGGAAGAUAGUUACAGAGGAAGCAAGCAAGUUUCCUGAACUUACUCUUCAGUCAGAGACUGAGCAACGGCCACAUAAGGUUAGCUUCUAUGUUGAUAAGAGUAAGGCCGAGACAGUGACAAAACAACUUUCUGAGAUUUUCAAAAAUCUUGGGUUGGACAUUAAAAUAAUUUACAGUGGAGGAAUGGAUUUGGAUAUAUUACCCCAAGGUGCUGGCAAAGGACAAGCUCUUGCAUAUUUGCUUAAGAAGUUUAAGAGUGAAGGGAAACUUCCAACUAACACGCUUGUUUGUGGUGAUUCUGGAAAUGAUGCUGAACUAUUUGGCAUUCCGGAUGUCUACGGAGUCAUGGUUAACAACGCUCAAGAAGAAUUAUUGAAGUGGUAUGCUGAAAAUGCUAAAAAUAACCCUAAGAUCAUCCAUGCAACAGAGAGGUGUGCAGCCGGGAUCAUUGAAGCCAUUGGUCAUUUCAAUCUUGGUCCAAAUAAGUCUGAGAGGGAUGGUGUAGACUUAACGGAAUAUAAGAUGAAAAAUCCCUCUCCUGCACAUGACAUAGUGAAUAUUUACUUGUUUUAUGAGAAAUGGAGGCUGGCAGAGAUUGACAAUUCUGAAAUCUAUCUUGCAUCUUUGAAAGCUUCUUGCAGUCCGUCUUCUGUUUGGGUGCAUCCAUCUGGUGUUGAGUUGUCUCUUAAUUCCUUGUUAAGUGUAUUGAGAAAGUGCUAUGGGGACCAACAGGGGAAACAGUUUCGAGUUUGGGUAGAUUCAGUAAUAACCACACAAGUUGGUCCAGGCACAUGGUUUGCAAAGUUUCACAAAUGGGAGUCAUUUGGUGAGGCAAGGCGAGGUGCCAUGAUCUCAGUGGUAGUAAGUGCAAAGGAGGGCGAUGCAUUUGAUGGGUACACUUACAUGCACGUGCAUCAGACAUGGGUGGAUGAAGCAGUAAAUGAAAACAAUCUGCCGGUGUGGUUCUGAAGUUGUUGCUGUUAAACAGGUUUUGCCUUAAAAUAGCGGGGUUGAUUGUUUAUAUACAAAACAACUUAAGGCUUCUGAGUUUUAACUACUAAGAUAAAUAAUAAAGACUUGUGCAUUCAGAUUUAUUGACAGCAGAAAAAUUUUAAGUUAA